AACUUUACUAGCAAGAUGCAUGCUUUUCAAAUAUUAAUCAUAUUUUGUUUUUUAUUUCAGGCUGAAGAAUCCUGUAAAUGUAAUGGAUGGAAAAAUCCGAAUCCACCUCCUACUCCUCCCAGGGCAGAUCUGCAACAAACAAUUGUCAGUCUUACUGAACCAUGCCGCAGUUGUAGUCAUCCACUAGCUUCUCAUGUGUCUCACUUAGAGAAUGUGUCUGAAGAAGAAAUGAAUAGGCUGUUGGGGAUAGUGUUGGAUGUGGAAUAUCUUUUCACCUGUGUCCACAAAGAAGAAGAUGCGGACACCAAACAAGUUUACUUUUACCUGUUCAAGCUUUUGAGGAAAUGCAUUUUACAGAUGGGGAAACCUGUAGUAGAAGGAUCUUUGGAAAGCCCUCCAUUUGAAAAGCCCAGUAUUGAACAGGGUGUGAAUAAUUUUGUGCAAUACAAAUUUAGCCACUUACCAUCAAAGGAAAGGCAAACAAUAGUCGAGCUAGCUAAAAUGUUUUUAAACCGCAUUAACUACUGGCACCUGGAGAUACCAUCUCAACGAAGAUUGAGAUCACCUAACGAUGACAUUGCUGGCUAUAAAGUAAAUUACACAAGGUGGCUUUGUUACUGUAAUGUUCCCCAGUUCUGUGACAGCCUACCUCGGUACGAAACAACACAGGUGUUUGGGAGAACACUACUUCGUUCUGUCUUUACUGUUAUGAGGCGGCAACUCCUGGAACAGGCUAGACAGGAAAAAGACAAGCUUCCUCAGGAGAAACGAACACUAAUUCUCACCCAUUUUCCAAAGUUUCUAUCCAUGUUAGAAGAAGAAGUUUAUAGUCAAAAUUCUCCUAUUUGGGAUCAGGAUUUCAUGAUGUCCUCUUCUCGAACUGGUCAGCUAGGAAUCCAAACAGUGAUCAAUCCUCCUCCUGUGGCAAGGUCUAUUUCGUACAGUGCAAGUCCUUCAUCUCUAGAACAACCCAACAGUGGAAGUAUGAGUCCUGCUUGUAAGGUUUCUUCUGGUCUUGACCAAAACCUAGGGGAGAAGAGAAAGAAUGCUGAGCUUUAUUCUCUGGAGGAUUCCAAAAGGCCAAGAGUUGUAGGAGAUAUUCCUAUUGAAUUGAUCAAUGAGGUGAUGUCAACAAUUACAGAUCCGGGUGCAAUGCUGGGGCCAGAGACUAACUUUCUGUCGGCGCACUCAGCCCGGGAUGAAGCAGCGAGACUGGAGGAGCGCAGGGGAGUUAUUGAAUUUCAUGUAGUUGGAAAUUCCCUGAAUCAGAAACCAAACAAAAAGAUUAUGAUGUGGCUAGUUGGCUUACAGAAUGUAUUUUCCCAUCAGCUACCUAGAAUGCCAAAGGAAUAUAUCACACGCCUGGUCUUUGAUCCAAAACACAAGACACUUGCAUUAAUAAAAGAUGGCCGUGUGAUUGGUGGUAUCUGUUUCCGGAUGUUCCCAUCUCAAGGAUUUACAGAGAUUGUUUUCUGUGCUGUGACUUCUAAUGAACAAGUCAAGGGUUAUGGAACUCAUCUGAUGAAUCAUCUGAAAGAAUAUCACAUUAAACAUAACAUUCUCAACUUCCUCACAUAUGCAGAUGAAUAUGCAAUUGGCUACUUCAAAAAACAAGGCUUCUCCAAAGAUAUUAAAGUACCAAAAGCAAAAUAUGUUGGCUACAUCAAGGAUUAUGAAGGAGCUACAUUAAUGGGAUGUGAAUUAAAUCCAAGGAUUCCCUACACUGAAUUUUCUGUCAUCAUUAAAAAGCAAAAAGAGAUUAUAAAAAAGCUGAUUGAAAGGAAACAAGCUCAGAUUCGAAAAGUCUAUCCUGGUCUUUCCUGCUUCAAGGAUGGCGUACGACAGAUUCCUAUUGAAAGCAUUCCUGGAAUUAGAGAGACUGGCUGGAAACCAAGUGGAAAAGAGAGAGGUAAAGAGUCCAAAGACCCAGAUCAGCUUUACAGCACAUUAAAAACCAUCCUUCAGCAGGUUAAGAGCCAUCAAAGCGCUUGGCCCUUCAUGGAACCUGUGAAGAGAACAGAAGCUCCUGGAUAUUAUGAAGUUAUAAGGUUUCCCAUGGAUCUAAAAACCAUGAGCGAGCGACUCAAGAAUAGGUACUACGUGACUAAAAAAUUGUUCAUGGCAGACUUACAGCGGGUCUUUACAAACUGCAGAGAGUAUAAUCCUCCUGAGAGUGAAUACUACAAAUGUGCCAAUAUACUGGAGAAAUUCUUCUACACAAAAAUUAAAGAAGCUGGAUUAAUUGACAAAUGACAAUUUUGUCUUUCUUACAGCCAGUGUGCCUACUUAUGGGCAGAUGUACUACUCCAUUUCCAGUAGAAACAGAACUUUUAAUAUAUACUAAGAAAACUAUGUGUUAUAAUUAGCACUUUUAAAACCCUUUUAGUUUUGCAAACAUGUAUUAUAUUAAAAUAAUAGAAAAUGUUUAUUUUAUUAAAAUAAUGCUUUAUAAUAUAUUUAACAUUACUGUUAAACUUCUUUUGCAUGUCCAGUUGCAGUAUGUUCAAUAAUAGGUUUUUAUUGGAUAUAUCCUCAAAACUUUUGGUGGCAAAUUGCACAUAUUUGGGGAUUUGGAUAGAAAAUUCCUGAACCAUGAAUGUUUUAUCUUCUCUAAUGCAGUAUCUAUUUGCAAAAUAGUUUUUAUUUUUUCCAGUAAAAUAUAACGUUAAGAAAAAAUUGCAAUUUAAUUCAGAGGCUGAAAUGUUUUGUCUAAAUGUUUCAUUGUAGAAUCUUAUAAAUAUUUUUAAAUGAGGCACUCAGCAGUUAAGGUGUGGUGAGAGAAGAGCAAUUGGCUCUAUGAAAGGAACUGCUUUAAAUGAGAAGGAAAUCCUAGAUAGAUACAAACUUUUCUAUGGAUUUGUUUUUGACAAAUAUUUUAACUGCAAAUAAUUUGUGAGUUCAUAACCACUAUUUAAAAAAAUAAUCUCUGACUAGAUAUGGAAUGUUGUAUCGACUUAUGCAGGACAUAAGUUCCCAGAAAUUACUUCAAAAACUGUGGUAGGUAUAUACUAUCCUUGCCUUUAUUUACUCUAAUAGGGCUACGUUUUUUAUGUAUUUCAAUUAGUCACCCCAUUUUCUGUUCCACGUACUGAAGAAUUUGUUAGAUUUCCCAAGAUAGAUGAUGCAGAUUUUAGCUUACUGUGCAUACAGAACGUCACCCUCUUACAGUCUCUAGGUUAUCAUGUCUGCCUCUGAGGUUAACUGGAUUUUCUAUCAAGCCCAACUGUAAAUAAUUUUAUUAACUGUUAUAUUUAGAUCCAGGGGCAUAUUUAAAGUUAUACAGCUCAUAUUAGUAUAUUGCUAAGUAUCAAACUAAGCACUUCUGUACAUUACCACUUACACUACUUAUAGGAAGUACUUACCUUCCUACUAAUAGAGACUAAAUUUAGGCCAAAAAUAAAUGAUCACUUGACAUUACUUUUCCAACUGAAAUUUGUAAAGAAUAGAGUUUAACUUGCAUUUCUAGAUGUUUUAUAUAACAGACGUUACACUGGUAAAGUUCAGCAGUUAUCAGGUUGAAAAUACUGCAUUGUGAUGAAGAACAUGUACUUGCAAAAUCCCUGGGCAAUGUUAAAUCACAGUUCUAUUCAGCAAGUAGUUAUCAGAACUAGUUAAAGCACUUGUGGUACAAAAGGUCUUCAGAACUGUUAAUAUUAGAAUUGCCUCCAUGCUUAAUAUAAGAAAUCAGUCUGAAUUACAUUUAGAUUUGUAACUAAGGUACAAUAAUAUUGUAUUAUAGCAUCCAGUAGCAGCUAAAAACUCUUUUGUAAACUGGGCCUAUGGAUGCACCUGUUAAGAUUGGUAUCCUGUGAAAGUUUAUUUUUUGGGUAGAUUUUCUUAUUGUCCCUAUAUGAGAUUGUCUCUUCUAUAAUUGAAAACAUUUGUUUUCUAAUUUUAAAAAUUAAUAUUUUCAUAGAUACUGUGCAAUGAAGCUACAGUAGGAUGUGUGGUUUUGAAAAUGCUUUAAUAGCUGAUGAAUUUUACAUUUGUAAAAUUAAUAUAUUGUACUGGUAACAGAGUAGUUUUAAAUAAUAUAUAAAAGCCUAAUUAUUUUGGUCUCUUA